AUGGAGGAACUUCUGUUACCGAACGUUGAGGAGGAGGUGCGCUCUGACAGCAGUUCGUACGCGCCUGGAAAUGCAGGGAGGACGAUGGGGGACCAAAUUAAGACUUUCCUCCUGAAGACAGUAAAGGGGGACCUGAGGACCGUGAAGAAUUUCUUUAAGAGGAAUGGGCUGCUCACGCUGUCAGUCAUCUCUGUGAUCACCGGCUGCACGCUAGGCUUUAUGUUGAGAGGAAGUCAGAUGUCUUCACAGGCCAAGAUCUACUUCUCUUUUCCUGGUGAGCUGCUGAUGAGGAUGCUGAAGAUGCUCAUCCUUCCUCUCAUCACGUCCAGUUUAAUGUCGGGUCUAUCAUCGAUGGAGUCAAAGGCAUGUUGCCGAAUGGGUGUCCUCACCGUCACAUACUACCUCUGGACCACCUUCAUCGCCGUAGUGGUCGGCAUCUUGCUUGUGAUCAUCAUCAAACCAGGUGUGGGGACAGAGAUGGAGAGCAACCGGUUGGGUGGCGGGCCUGUCAUGACCUCGGCUGAUGCCCUCCUCGACCUCAUCAGAAACAUGGUUCCUUCCAAUCUAAUUGAGGCCACGUUUCAACAGUACAAAACAGACCUGAUUCCCAUCCUCAAAGUCCCAACCAAAACAAUUCAGCCCAACUUUGUCUAUGUGAUCCCUGAUGACAAUGACCCCAAAGGGCGCAUGGUGUACCUCGAGCUGACUCCUCCUCCAGAUGUCAUAUACAAGACAAGUCCAGGCAGCAGCCAGCAGAUGAAUGUCCUUGGCAUCGUUAUCUUCUCUGCAACUAUGGGUUUGUUGCUGGGCAGGAUGGGAGAGCGAGGAGUCCCACUGAUCAAUGUCUGUCAGUGCAUCAACGAGUGCGUCAUGAAGAUCAUCAACGCUGCUGUUUGGUAUUUUCCAUUUGGUAUUAUCUUUUUGGUGGCGGGGAAGAUCCUGGACAUGCAGGAUCCGAGCACACUGGGGAAGAAGUUGGGCUGGUACGCCGUUACUGUGCUCACCGGGCUCUUUGUUCAUGGACUUGUCCUCCUUCCUCUCUUCUACUUCCUUCUCACCAGGAAGAACCCCUUCAGCUAUAUCCGUGGCCUCCUGCAGGCCAUGGUCAUCGCCCUGGCAACCUCCUCCAGCUCUGCCACACUGCCUAUCACCAUGAAGUGUUUGUUGGAAAACUGUCAUGUGGACCGGCAAAUCGCUCGUUUUGUUCUCCCAGUGGGUGCCACUAUCAACAUGGAUGGCACAGCUCUCUAUGAGGCAGUGGCAGCCAUCUUUAUUGCUCAGGUUAAUGACUACGAGCUGGACUUUGGCCAAUUGGUCACCAUCAGUAUCACAGCUACAGCCGCCAGCAUUGGAGCAGCUGGGAUUCCUCAGGCUGGUCUGGUUACCAUGGUAAUCGUACUCACAUCAGUAGGCCUGCCACCAGAUGACAUCACACUAAUCGUAGCCAUUGAUUGGAUCCUUGACAGGUUUCGUACCAUGAUCAACGUUCUUGGUGACGCCCUUGCAGCGGGAAUCAUUGCGCACCUCUGUCGGAAAGACUUUCCCCUGAGCACAGCAGGAAAGCCUGUGCCAUCCUACGGGACACAGACUCCGCACAAAAACUCCAACACGGUCAAUGUGCCAAUGACGGAAAUGCACACACACAAAGACUGCACGUUUGAUUUGACGGGUGAUUCGGUGAGCCAGAUGAACGCACACACAGUCUACUACAACAUCUGCCAGGAACCUCCUUCUUGGUGUCAGCUUGAUUAAGCUAACUUGAGGUGGAGGUGGCCAAAACUGGACUGAAGCUUAUUUCGGAGCUUCUCUUGCUCAUCAAGGACAAGAAAUGUGGGAGGUAAUACAUUUCAACAGCCUCUAUUGUUCUCAUUUUCAGCACUCCAGCAACCCCUCAGCUUAUCUGUUGUCUCAAAAAAGCUUUUGUCUCUUUAAGGCCUGGGCAUGAGCCCAAGUUCAUCUGAUUACGCGUCUUCUGGAAGCCUGCAGAGGGGCAGCACCCAGUGCUCGUGAACUUGCAGCACAGAGCAGUCUGAAGCUGGCACUUUUUGUUCACUGGGAUUACUUUUACAUUUAAGACAUCAGAGAUUGCAGCAGUGAAUACAGGACAGAAAACAAGAAAAAGCAGAUAGGGUCCUUUUAAAAGAAGCCCUCCAGUUACAUGGAUUGCAGGCUUUAUUGCAUUGGCUUAUUUUGGUCCACUGUGGCUGAAACAAAUGGGUUUGUGUUGCUGUGCGAAUCAUAGCCACCAUGUGGUUAGAAUGACUGGGUAUCACAUGUCAUGAAUUAACGCCACCUAAAUGUCAAACUAUUGUUUUUAUUAUUAUUGUAUGUAACUGCAGGUAAAAUGAGUUUUCCUUUCAGGAUAAGUUCAUUUUAUUCCGGGUUCACAUAAGAAAUCCAGUUCCUGAUGUUGCCACUGGCAAGACACCGAACUGUGAUCUGAUUGGCUGAUGCUCAGUGGGCACACAGGUUAAGGGUUAAAGUGUAAUGAACAAAUCCAAGUGCUCUUCAUCUUGUAGAGUCAACCUUCUUCUGAUUCCUUUGUAUACAGUAGCAUGCUGGCAUGCGUUCUCACUGACUUCAUGCAAAGUCGAGGUGCAUUAUUUUCUUCUUUUAGUUUUUUUUUCACUUGAAUAUUGCAAGGUAAACAAAGUGCUGUAGGGAUUUGUGGAAUUUUGUCGAUGACAGUUGCAGCUAAUGUGAACAGAUUUUAAUUCAGUCCUGGGUCUACUAAACAUUCAGAAUUGGUUACUUUCAGGGGCCUCUGGAGCCACAAAACCAACUUUCUGUUAAGCCCCGGAGAUUUGAAGAGCACCACAUAAAUAAGUGCUCUCAAUUUACUAAUUCACUUUUAAGGAUUACUGAAAGGAGCUCUGCGUAAUUUAUAGAAAAAUCAGCAUUAUGGGGCUCAAGUUUGUGCAUAGCUGAUGCUCACACUCCAUCCUCAGUGACAAAACGUAGUUGACAAAGCUUUUCUGAACCACUAAGAUGCACUGUAUGUGCUAUAUGUCUUCUAUGUAAUACAACAACUCAUGUCAUCUGAGUUGACGUGAUGAAGCUACCAAUACUGGCUAAGUGCUGAAUGACGUCAUUGACAUCUCUUGUAGCUCAAGAGAUGUCCACAAAAUUUGAUCUGAUACAACCAACAGUUGCAAGGGAAAAAUUUGGAUAUCAGCUACAAAUUGAAAGGUUGGUGGUUGGAUCUCCAUCUGCUCCAGUCUAUAUGUCAAAUAUCCUUGGGCAAGUUGCUCUCUGAUGCAUCCAUCUGAGUAUGAAUGCGUGUGAAUGUUAGAUAGAAAGCACUUACAUAGAAAAAGCAUAGAAAAAAGUGCUUGUGUGAAUCAGUGUGAAUGGAUAAAAUAGGUCACACAGAGGGUGCUGUACCAAAAGCCUCCUUGUGAUGGCUUUGGUUGCUAGCAGACUACCCAUAGUUUGUUACCCAUAGUUUGCAUGUAAGACAUGAGAUUAUAUGCAAACACUCAAAAGCUGCUCCCCAGAUGGUAGUCAAACUGUAAAAACUGCAACACAAGCCAGAAAUGGAGAAUAACUGCCUUUAACGCAAAAGUUACGCCUCAGCACUACAAUCAAUACGUUUCAACACACCCAACUCUAUAAAAUACAUAUAUCUAUAUUAAAUUAAAAGCACAACAAUAAGUAAUUGGUAUGUAGAAAUUGGUGUUCUGAGAGCACAACAUUUUCAGUUGCAUGUUGUGUUUGUUGUUGUGUUUAUCUUCACAAUAAUAUUUCCAGAUCCAAAUGUCAAAAAUUCAUUAAUCUGAACAAUAUGGAUCCCUGGAAAUUUUGACACAAUAAUAGUGUUAUUAAUGUUUUCUAAUUAUGUACUAUUACUUAUUUCUUUAACCUUUCCAUUACUUCUUAGUUGUGUAUAUUACCUUGAGUUUGGGAGUCUGUACUGAAAAUAAGAAUAGAACGAAAGAUUUGUAUGUUGCAUGAAUUGAUGUUCAGUGGUUGGGAUACAGCUCUUUAAACUACUUGAAGUGCCCCUGAAUGUCUCUGUUUUAAAGUAGCUUCUUUUUUUUGGUUGAGUUAAAUGUGAAAAUGUAGACCUGCCUUAAUCUACAGUUGUGGUAAGAAGUUACAUACAAUACAUCAUAGGGAUAAAUCCAGCACCAGUAACUUAAAGAACUAAGUUACUACAUGUAUAUACAGUAUUGAUUCUAUAUAUAAACGUCUAGAGCCAAUUCUUAUUUUUUUUUAAGUAAUUAAAGGCAUAUAAUGUUCAAUCACUCCACCCUGGGAAAAGAACAGCUCAAAAAACCAUUGAAAGCUCGGUGUUACCAUGGCAUUAAUGCCCAUGAUGAGUGAAUGUAAACUUCAGGCCACAACUGUAAAUACUGUUAACCUCAAUGUUCUUCUGCCAACACACACCAUCAGCCCAACAAACGUUAGCAUUUCCAACUUUUACUGAAGUUUUACUGAAAUUUUGUCUUCAUCAAAAUGCAUCUUGUAUAUACAGUAUGACACUUGUGUUUGUUUGUUUUUUAUAUGGUGUGUUAUUUGUCAUUUAUGUUUGUUUGUUUUUUUAAAUAAAUACAUGUUAAUAUAUACAUAAAUUCUUUUUCAUGAAGAUAUUUCUGCACAUAUGCCAAAGUGAGUCAGAAAUAUCCUGCAAUGAAUG